GUGGUCACGUGGUCCAGCACCCCCACCCCCCACCCGCCAUUUCGGACCCCCCGGGGCCGCUCCUCGCUCCGUCUCCCCGCUCCGUCUCCCCGCGACAGCUGCUCCGCCAUGGCGCACAUCGACGAGAACCCCUUCGCGGACCCCGUUCUCAACCACCCCUUCCAGGACCCUGCUGUGACCCAGGUGACCGACUCCUCCAACCGAGGCCUCACAGAGUACAACCCCUUCGCCUCUGAUGACUUCGGCCGACAGAUCAACUCCACGGUGCCCGUGGGACCAGCAGGAGCCCCUCCACUGGCAUCGCAAACCCAGCCGGCCGUGAUGCAGCCCACCGAGGAGCCCCCCACCUUCCCAGCGCAGUUGCCCUCCCAACAGAUGGGCAGUGCCAUCACCGCCGAUCUGAAGCGCCAGCAGGAGGAGCUAGAGCGGAAGGCGGCCGAGCUGGACCGGCGCGAGCACGAGAUGCAGGGGCACAACUACAAUGCACGCAAGAACAACUGGCCACCCCUGCCAGCCAAGUGCCCCGUGGGGCCCUGCUUCUACCAGGACUUUGCAAUAGACAUUCCUCUCGACUUCCAGCGCACGGUGCGCAUCCUCUACUACAUGUGGAUGUUUCACGCAGUCACGCUGGUGCUGAACAUGCUGGGCUACCUGGUGUACUUCUGCCUCAACCCGAACAAGGGAAUCUCCUUUGGCAUCUCCAUCAUGUGGAUGAUCCUCUUCAUCCCCUGCUCCUUCACUUGUUGGUAUCGACCCAUUUACAAGGGCUUCAGGAGUGACAGCUCCUUCAACUUCUUCCUCUUCUUCUUCAUAUUCUUCGCUCAGUUCGUAGUGCACGUGCUGCAGGCUGUCGGCAUCCCAGGCUGGGGAAACUGUGGAUGGAUCUCCACGAUCGGAGCAUUUUCAUCGAACAUCGCCGUGGGUGUCAUACUCUCCAUCAUCGCCGUCAUGUUCACCGCCUCGGCCGCCCUCUCCCUCAUCAUGCUGAAGAGGGUGCACUCGAUGUACCGACGUACAGGCGCCAGCUUUGAGAAGGCGCAGCAGGAGUUUGCACAGGGCGUGUUCACCAACCGCACGGUGCAGAACACGGCAGCCAAUGCCGCUGCCGCCUCCCUGCGCGACCCCAUGUGAUCCUCUCGCCCCUUCGCUCUGCCCCCACACCUGGACCCCCCCUGCCCUCCACUCCCAACGACCCCGACUGCCCCUUCUGGCCCCUGCCGGAGGUCGUGGGGCAGCGGCUGCCGGCAUGAAGCUGAGGAAGAGUGUGCGGCACCCCUCCUGGCACGCGGCGUGUUGUUACACUCGCUCGCGCACUCGCACACACCAAUCACGCACAUCAUCUUGGAAACGCACACAUGCACAAGCACACACCAUCGCACACACAAGCACACACCAUCACACACAAGCGAACACCAUCGCACAUACCAUAGCACACACACAAGCACACACUAUCGCACACACAAGCACACACCAUCGCGCGCACACCAUCACACACACAAGCACACCAUCACACACACAAGCACACACCAUCACACACACACAAGCACACACCAUCGCACACACAAGCACACACCAUCGUACACACAAGCACACACCAUCGCACACCCAAGCACACACCAUCACACAUGCACAAGCACACCCAAGCACACACCAUCACACAUGCACAAGCACACACCAUCGCACACACAAGCACACACUCGCGCACGUGAGCAUACAUCGCCCCUUGUUCACCAUGCAGAAGCUGUGGAUCGUGCGAUGCCAUCAGCACUGCCCUCUGUCUGCGGGGUCGCAUUUGAUCGUGUCUGCCUUCGCUUUCUUAUUUAACUUCCUCGCUGCUCUUUCGAUGGACGCUGAGCCGCAACCACAGCACGGACGUUGCACCCCACGUCCCGUCUGCCCCCGCUGCCUCGGCCUGGGAACGACCCCGGCGGCUUUUGUGUUCCGUGGGGAAUCUGGGGGUUGCCCAAACUCGGGGAAUGCCACCCUUGUUGAUACGUGCUGCAGACGACGGCCCCGCGAUGUACACAUGCGUGUGCGAUCGGGAUGACAGGAUGGGGGGGGAGGUGGGCCCUGUGGAAACCACUGCGUAUGCUGUCUCGUUUUUCCUGUUUGCCUUUUGUGUUGUCACCUUCUGUUCGGGGUCAUUUCGCACCACCCUCCAUCUCGAGCGCGGGAGGGCCCGUGACUCUGGUCAGGGUUCCCCGGGUCCUCCCCAGAAGCCCCCCCCCAGAGGGGAGACGCGUGCACUUUGACGUGAUGUGUGUGUGUGUGAUUGGGGUGGCGCGUUUGUCCCCGCCGCGUGCACUCUUCGUUGGUGGUGCGGGGAGCCGGCGGUGCCGUGAGUGUGUGCGGUGUCUCCCCGUGUGCGGUGGCGGUUACCAAUAGGCCGCCCACCAUGGUUGGACGCUGGUUGGUGUACAGUGUAUCGGAAUUCGAAGGGCUGGUGUAAUGAAAUUGUUCAUGUAAAAAAAAACAUUAAAAGUUUAUCAUACGUUUUA